GAGAUAUUUUCGAAGCUGUUAAAAUAGUGUUAAAUCUGAAUGUUAAACGAUGUUACAAAUUACAGUGUAUCAUUUUAUUGAGAUUUCACACUACAGUUUCUAUCCAAAUUGUAGUCUGGUUGGCGGCUUAAGUUUCAUCGAGUUUCCUGCGUGGCAGUGUAACUGAAGUGUCGACCAUCGUUUUGUAACUUUUGUUUCAUGCUUUCAUUCGUUUCCUUGGUGGAAUAUCAUAACGCAUUUGAGUCUUGACACUAGCAACGACAAUAUCUACAAUCCACUGUUAUCCUGGAGUAAUCUGCUAUCGAUCCUGGAUGAUUGUUGAUCGUCUGCCUUGAUGCUGCCAACAGAAUGCGGACGACAAGAGUUCUGUUUGAUCAGCGUACCACUUUCCGCGGCAAGAAGUUCAUCGAUUCCUUGCGCGUCUUCUGUAAGGGCGGUACGGGGGGUGUGGGGAUGGCGCGGUACGGAGGCGUCGGCGGCAAAGGAGGCGAUGUGGUGGCCGAAGCGGAGAAGGUCCGAGUAUCGCAGAGUCUCAAGCAGCUGUAUAAAGCCAAUCCCAGUCAGCGCUGGGAAGGACAGCCCGGUGGACCCAGUGCCAAACUGGCGAUCCAGGGAAAAACCGGUGCGGAUGUAACGCUCCAAGUUCCGCUGGGCGUGACGAUAGUGGAUGAUGCAACAAAAGAAGUUUUGGGAGAAAUCAAUACGGUUAACGAUAGGGUUGUGCUGGAGGGGGGCGCGGGAGGCAACCCGGAGAAUCAGUUUCUACCGCAGAAAGGCCAGGCACGCUUUAUACGGAUGGAUCUGAAGAUUCUGGCCGAUAUCGGCCUGGUGGGAUUCCCCAACGCCGGCAAAUCCACACUGCUGGCCUCCAUAUCCAGAGCCAAACCGCGAAUAGCCGCCUUCCCCUUUACGACAAUUCGUCCCGAACUGGGAAUAUUAGAAUAUGACGAUCGGAGACAGAUCACGAUGGCCGAUCUACCUGGGCUCAUAGAAGGCGCUCACAAGAAUGUCGGUCUGGGUUUCCGGUUUCUGCGGCACGUGGAGCGCACGAGGUUGUUGUUGUUUGUGAUCGAUGUGGAAGGCUUCCAGCUGGGGCCAGAAUAUCCUUAUCGCACGGCAUUUGAAACUUUGGUCCUUUUAAACAAAGAGUUGGAAUUGUAUAAAGAAUCGUUAACGGAUAAACCAGCUUUACUAGCCAUCAACAAAAUGGACAAGGAAGGAGCUCAGAAAAAGUGUGAUGAAUUUACUGAUAUGGUCAAGAACUAUGCAGAGAUCUGCUCCGGUAUGCCGGAAUCAAUUCGGCCCAGCCAUCUGAUCACUUUCGAAGAUGUCAUUCCCAUGUCCGGACUGAAGCACACCAAUGUGGAUGUGGUGAAGGAGAGGGUGCGGGACUUAAUUGAUUAUCAUGCGGAUUUGGAGUUGGAUGCUAAGCAGAGCUACAAAGAUUUGAUGCGGGAUAUUAGACCGCAGCUGGAACGCGAGACGGCACUGGCAUAACGAUUUCUGCGCUUGUCAGCCGGUUUUUGUUCUGGUUUUGUUUGUUGAUGCCGGUUUUUCAAACAAUUGGAGUUUUUAAUGUUUUGUCAUUGAUAGAUAAGACUCCAUUGAAUUUCUGAGUGUUUCAGGCAGUUUUCAUGCAAAUCAUAACCAGACGAAUUUCUCGGGAAAAUGAAGUGAUC